GUCGAGCGUAACUUCUCUUCUGCCACAAUGUCCUCAGAAUCCGCGUCUCCAGAGCUUCAGAUCAAUAUCAAAGGCCCCAAUGAACUCAAGCUCCAGAUCAAUAUCGCAUCGGACAAGACGGUACGGGAGCUGAAGGAAGCUGUGGCGGCGAAGUCAGACGUCGAGGCUGAUCGACAGAGACUCAUCUACUCAGGGCGAGUACUGAAGGACGACGACCCGUUGACCAACUACAAGAUUCAAUCCGGACAUACCAUUCACAUGGUCAAGUCCGCUGCUCGCUCCGGUGCCUCUGCGUCCACUUCCCCUGCUCAGUCGACACCGCAGCACCUCCCUAGUAUGCAGGCCGGUCAAAACCCGCACGAUCCUCUUACGCAGCUCAACAGCCAUCUCGGUUACGGUGCACUAGCCGGCUUCAACCCUUUCCAAGAGAUGGGACUCAACCCCAACGAUCCGAAUAUGCUGCAGACGAUGAUGAGCUCACCGCAAUUCCUCCAACAGAUGUCCGCCACGAUGAGCAACCCGCAGGUCCUCGAUCAGAUCAUCGCGUCGAACCCGCAGCUCGCGGCUAUGGGGCCGCACAUUCGGGAGGUGUUCCAGAGCGAGCGGUUCAGGGAGAUGAUCUCCAACCCCGAGUCCCUUCGCACUAUGCUACAAAUGGCGUCCAUGUUCAACCCUGGUGGGGCGGCUGCCAACCCCUUCGGCGGCUUGGGCGGUCUCGGCGGUGCUCAGCCCUCAUUCCCCGCUCCAGGCGUCCCCGGCCAACCCAACACUUCGAACCCGACCAACACCACCUCGACGAAUCCCACUUCCCCUACCACCGCGCCGGGUGCGAGUGCGGGCGCGGGUGCGGCACCCGGUGGACUUCCUCCUUUCGAUCCCAACCUCCUCCAGAACAUGCUCCAAGCGAUGGGCGGCGGCGCUGGCGCUGGAGGCGCAGGGGCGGCCGUGAACCCGUUUGCCGCGUUGGGCGGUUUGGGCGCGCUAGGCGGGCUCGGUGGCUUGGGUGGCGGUCUCGGGAGCCCCCCUGCACCGGCGGACACGAGGCCGCCUGAGGAACGGUUCCAGACGCAGCUACAGCAAUUACAAGAAAUGGGAUUCACCAACGCGUCGCAGAACAUUCGCGCGUUGCUCGCGACGGGCGGCAACGUGCAUUCCGCGAUCGAGUACAUACUCAGCGGGGGUGGCUUGUAAUCACGGUCUGGGCUCACUGUAAACGGACACGAUUUUGGAUCGGCUCGCGUCGCUCCCUACUUGAGAACUGUAUGUUCGUGCGCUAGAGAAGUUAAUUAUUUGUGCUGUACCCGUAGUCGAAGUGCUUUGAAUGCAUAGAGUAGUAUCUUGGAAUCCAU